AUGGAGGGGCCUCCACUAAAACAUUCGAUCCCCAAGUGAGUUUGGUGAGAGCUGCCACCACCACCAAGACCACCAAGACCAACUCCUACAAUAUUAACAUUCCUUGCCGCGUUUUUAUCUUGCAGCUCGUCCUCUCCUUCACUUUGUCUGCUGCUUGUGUUGUGUGUCUCUCUCUGUCGUUCGAACGACUCUCCUUCACAGGUCAACAAGCUUCGCCUCGCUAUCUAGCACCUGAGCUGCACUCCCUCAGGUCUGACUGUGUUCCCGCGUCCCAACACUAUUUUGGCACCACCACCUCACCGACAUCUCACAGCUCCUUCAUUUCCAGUCCUUCACACAUCUUAAGGACCAUGGCCACAACCGCCCUUCCCAACGAGGCAGCCCUCCGCCGAAUGGCAACCACCGAUUCCACACCAGUCUCUUCAGCCAACAUCUCGCCUCUGGACAGCCCGAGAUCGUCUCCUUCUUCCACCUCCUUGUCCUCUCUCGCCUCCGAAGAUGCCGUUGUCCAGAAGUCGUCGGCGGGAAAAAAGCAGCUCGUGGACACAUAUGGCAACACGUUUGAGAUCCCCGACUACACCGUCAGCGACAUCCACAAGGCUAUUCCCAAGCACUGUUUCGAACGCUCUGCUGCCACCGGUCUUUACUAUGUUGCCCGAGAUGUUGUUUCGCUAGCAACCACCUUCUACCUCUUCAACCGCUUCGUCACUCCCGAGAACAUCCCGUCCACACCGCUAAGAGCUGGUCUCUGGUUUUUGUACACCGUGGUGCAGGGUCUGUUUGGUACUGGUCUGUGGGUGUUGGCCCAUGAAUGUGGACAUCAAUCGUUCUCUCCAAGCAAGGUCUUGAACGACACAGUCGGCUGGUUCUGCCACUCGGCUCUCCUGGUGCCAUAUUUCUCUUGGAAGAUCUCCCACGGCAAGCAUCACAAAGCCACCGGCAACAUGGAACGAGACAUGGUGUUUGUUCCAUCGACAAAAGAAGAAUGGGCCACCAAACGGGGAUACCUGCUUCAUCAGCUUGACGAGCUCACCGAGGAGACUCCCAUCGCCACCGCCAUCCACUUGAUCACUCAACAAAUUGGAGGAUGGCCCAUGUACCUAUUCACCAACGUUACAGGCCACAACAAGCACGAAGUUCAGCGCGAAGGCCGUGGUGUAGGCAAGCACAACGGAUUUGGUGGCGGUGUCAACCACUUCGACCCCAACAGCCCAUUGUAUGAAGCAAAGGAUGCCAAGUUGAUUGCCCUGAGUGAUCUCGGUCUUUUCAUCACCGCUAGCAUCCUCUUCUUGGUUGGUAGAACUUACGGCUUCUCCAACUUGUUCGUGUGGUAUCUUGCACCAUAUCUCUGGGUCAACCACUGGCUUGUGGCCAUUACCUUCCUGCAACACACCGAUCCCUCUCUACCUCACUACACUGGCGAAUCCUGGACAUACACCCGUGGUGCGGCUGCCACAAUCGACCGCGAGUUCGGUUUCAUCGGACGACAGCUCCUUCACGGAAUCGUCGAGACCCAUGUUCUGCACCACUACGUCAGCACCAUUCCCUUCUAUCACGCCGACGAGGCCAGUGACGCUAUCAGGAAGGUCAUGGGUCGUCACUACCGCAGUGAUACCGAGGGUGGCCCUAUCGGGUUCUUGAAGAGCAUGUAUAAAUCGAUGAGAUGGUGUGAGUGGGUUGAACCCAUGGACGGUGCUUCCGGCGAGGACGCUGGUGUCAUGUUCUUCCGCAACCGCAAUGGCUUGGGUCUCCCUCCUGCGAAGGUGGGGAAGCCUGCCUCGUCAUAAAUCUUACCGGUUGGAAUGACAUGUUUGCAUCUUGCUGCGUCUUUUGCUGGCGGAGUCCACCGGGAGUUCUGGUUUUUCAAUUAGACAUGUUCGAGGUCAGAGAAAAGAAAGAAAGCCGCAAGACAGUAGACAUCAAUUUCAGUGAACGAGGUAC